GCAAUGGGGCUUUACAGAUUCAAAAACCUAGUCUUGUCUUUGAGUGCUUUUGACAGUAAUGAAUGACACUAUAAUGUAAUGUAAUGAAUGACAGUAAAUUAACCUUAAAACCGAGGGAUAUUUUGUUAUUUAAUAGUGCCUAAAAUAUAGUAUUUAUUUCUGAAAUCGUACAAAAUGAAUUUGUGCUUAAGAACAAAAUUAGCCAGGCCUAAUUUCAUAAGUUCCCUAUUUCGUUUCUCCACAUCGGUACCGGAAAUUAUAGAACAGAACGAGCAAGUCCUCAUCGACGAUGCUGAUGAUGUGCAGGCUCGCGAAGCGGAGAUCGAGAAGAAAAGGAACGUGUCGAGGUUGAAUCCGGCACAUUACAAUAUAAUGAACGACCGGCGGCCUUACGAAAAGCCGUAUACCUCAACGCACCUCACUGUUAAAUACAAUCGAAAACUGUAUGGAAAGUAUGGUGCUUCCAGUGGUGUCAAUCCAAGUAUAUGCUGGCCUACAAACAAGGAAAUAAAAGAAAGGCAAGAGUUUGAAGCAGUGGCUUUCCCAUUCACUAUAAAAGAGAUGAUGGAGACUGCAGCACAGAAAAGAAAAGAAGAGAGAUUAAAGAUUGAGCAGAGAGAGAAUGAGAUAGCAGCCAAGAUGGAAAAAUUGGUUCAAUGGAAAAAAGACUUGAAAAACAAAAUGGCUAAGAAAAUGGCGGAAGCUGAAGCUGCUAAGGCCAAGAAGGAGCGUUUAGUGGAAGAAGUCCGAAGGCAUUUUGGUUUCAAGUUAGACCCCCGAGACGAGCGCUUCCAGGAGAUGUUAGCCAAGAGGGAGAAAGAACAGAAGAAGGCAGAGAGGAUGGCCAAGAAGGAAGCCAAGGAGCAAAUGAUGAUUGCCAAGUUACAGCAAACCAAUGCAAAGAUUACGGAUACUAAGUAGACAGACCAUCUCAAUGGUUUUUAGAUUAUUAAAUUAUGAUAGUUACAACAAUCUGUAUUGUUUUAAUUUAUUAAACUUUCGUGUAUUUAUGUUCCUGUGCAUGUAUGGGUCAAAUCUUUUUUCAUCACAUUUGCUGUUUAAAGGUAUCAUUGCGUCUACAUGUACUGAAGCAUAAUGUAUUAUUUUAUUCCUAAGGGAAUAAUGGAUUAACCUUU